CUCCGCCGCGCACAUGCGCGGCGCCGCACCCAGCAGCCGAGCGCCAUGGCGGGCGCUCUGGGCGGGAUGUUCGCCAACCAGCCGCCGGGACCCCCGCCGCCCGGACCUCCCGGCGGGCCCGGCCCGGCCGGCCUCAUCCCGCCUCCGACGGGUCCCCGCAAUCCCAACAACACGCUGGUGGACGAGCUGGAAGCGUCCUUCGAGGCCUGCUUCGCCUCGCUGGUCAGCCAGGACUACGUGAACGGCACCGACCAGGAGGAGAUCCGCACCGGUGUCGAUCAGUGCAUCCAGAAAUUUCUGGAUGUUGCAAGGCAAACAGAAUGUUUUUUUCUACAAAAAAGACUGCAGCUGUCGGUCCAGAAACCAGAACAAGUAAUUAAAGAGGAUGUUUCAGAGUUAAGAAAUGAAUUACAAAGAAAAGAAGCGUUAAUUCAGAAGCAUUUGAGUAAACUGCGACACUGGCAGCAGGUCCUGGAAGAUAUCAGCGUACAACACAAAAAACCUGCAGAAAUGCCCCAAGGUCCAUUAGCAUACCUGGAACAGGCAUCUGCUAAUAUUCCUGCUCCAAUGAAGCAAACAUGAAUUAACACAGCUAAAUCUAAGUGAUGGUCUUUUUACUUUGUAUGCUUUUUGUAUAAUGUAAUUUGUACUACAAAUAUAAACAGUUAAGAUAGAAUUAAGUUAAAUAAAUUCUCUUUUUUGAAGAAAAAACACUUUGGUUUUAUAUUUAAAUUGAAAGUAUAUGGAGUUCCUGUUCAGAAGGCUUUCUGGUAGAUGUGCGUUUUCCAGAAUACAUCCUGUUCCUUCUGGAAACGGGGGUCCUAGCUUUCCCCUGAUUGUAUCUUGCUAGUACGAUGCAAAUACACACAAAGGUUCUUGUUAGGAUGGAUGGAUACCUCUCUGCAAGUGCAAAAUUUCUUUAUGUAGCUGAGGAGUAAACUAGGAUUCAAAUCCUUCAGCAGCUGCAGAUGAGCUAUCCUAGUCUAUAACACUAGGCUGCUAGUUGGGCCGUUCCCUCCCCAUGUUUGCUGAAAGUUAAUUUGGUGGGCAUCAAAACCAUAUGGGGACAACGUAUGCAGUUCCCAUAAAUCCGGAACUCUGAGUGUAUCAGUCUGACUCACACUUCAGCAUAACAGCACUAUUUUGCAAGCCAUGAAAAUCAGUCACUUACAAGCAAGUUUUAAUGUUUGUACUUAAAUACCAUCCUGAUUCAUCAGGCUGAUUGAUUGUUACACGUGUUGGAGUGCACCAGGAACAUUACAUGACAGUGUUAUAGAAAACAGUUCAUUAAGCAAAACAGAAAAUAUUUCUAAAACAGCUUGCUGUAAGCUUGCUAUUCUUAGAUGCAUAUUACAUGCUGCUCAGCAUAAAACAAGUUUAACAAAAAAAAUUUAAAACAAAAUUGCAUUACUACGCAGAAAAACAGAUGAUGAAGCAAGCAUAUAAACAUAGAGAAAUCACUUACUUAGAAGUAAUAUCUUCAGCUGGAGUCUGUAACAGGACAUUAAAAAACAAAUUGCAUAUUUAAUGUAGUUGUGGAGUGGCACAUUCUCUUGAAUAAAAAGUCAUUUCACAUAGUAUUAAGAAUGUUGCUUUUUUUUUUUUUUAAACAGAGAAUUAAAAAAAUGCAUUUUUCUCAAAUCCAUGCCUGUAAUUCCACUGUAAUUAGAUGUAAGAGAGUGCUGUUGUUCCUAACGACUUCCUUGGAAAUUAUUUCAAUACUUUUUGUCGUAAAACUUACGAGAUUAACAUUCCCUAACAGAAAACAAACAGCUUUUCUGGUAAUUCUGAGGGGUAUGUAAAUUAUUUGCUUUAAAAUGAAAAAUAUUUUGUAAACCAUUCUUGAUGCUCAGGGUCUUGUUGGUCAUCUUUGGUUUGUGGUAGUUCACUGCCCUGUGUCCUGUGCAAACAAAUAAACAUUAGAAUUGCUUACAAUCUUA